AUGAAGCGUCAGGCAGCCAUGGUUUGCUGUUUAACAUUAUUUCUGGUCACAGAGUCUUCUCACUAUAGAUCUAAGUUCCACAAACAAGAUGGAGAUAAACUUUACCAUCCUGGAGGGAAGCACAAAACUGAAAGGAAUCAAGAGAAAUGCCUUGGACCUUGUAUUGUUUCUUCUAACUGCAGCGAGUCCUGCACUCAGCGGUUUCAUGGCAAAAUAGAAUUUUCAUGUAAGCAACACAAAUGGCGAAAAUCAACUGAAACAUGUACAAGCCUCUCUGUGGAAACACUCUUUAAGGACACAAAUAUUGCAUCACGCCUUUCUGUAGCAGCUUCAUCAUCAAUACCUCUGCAUGUUCUUGACUUCCGAGCUCCAGAAUCUGUCCUAGAUGCAGUGCAAGGACUCCGCAAGUACUGCCCACUUGAUUAUUCUUGUAUAAUUAAUGCUGUGAAAUCAUCAGAAGCUACAUCUGGAAAUAUUGCAUUUAUAGUGGAGCUAUUAAAAAAUAUUUCUACAAGUUUAUCUGAUAGUGUUACCAGAGAAAAAAUGAAGGGCUAUAGCAAAAUUGCCAACCACAUCCUCAACCCAGAGGCUAUUUCAAAUUGGGCUUUCGUUCCUGACGAAAAGGCCAGCUCAGAUCUAUUGAAGUCAGUGAAUUAUUUUGCAAAGCAUCUCGACAUCCAUAACGAAUCUGAGAAUAUCGUGGAUGAGCUUUUCAUUCAGACCAAAGGGUUUCGUAUCCACCCUAAUACCUCAGAGAAACGAUUCAAUUUCUCCAUGAAUGUAAACAAUACCACAAGGACCAUCUCAGGAAUGAUAGAAAUUCCCAGGCAAGAGCUGCGGAAGCUGCCGUUGAACGCAUCGCAAGUCAUCACCAUAGCGUUUCCCACCCUGGGGGCUAUUCUGACAGAAGCUCCCGUGCAAAAUGAGACUCCUCCCAAGGCCGUGAAUGGCCUGGUCCUUUCAGUGAUUGUGCCGCAAGGAUUGAAUCAACUCUUACUCACCUUUGAGAAGAUGAACAAAUCCAGGAAUGCAAGGGCCCAGUGUGUGGGCUGGCACUCUAGUAAAAGGAGGUGGGAGGAGAAAGCAUGUGAGACAAUGUUGGAUCUGAAGAACCAAGUGAAAUGCCGGUGUAACCACACCUAUACACUGAUGUCAUUUUCUAUCCUCAUGUCCCCUACACUUAUAGAAGACAAAGUCCUGGACUACAUUACCUGCAUCGGGCUUGGCAUCUCCAUCCUUAGCUUAAUGCUGUGCCUCAUCAUCGAAGCGGUGGUGUGGUCCCGGGUGGUGGUGACAGAGAUAUCAUACAUGCGUCAUGUGUGCAUCGUGAACAUAGCUGUGUCUCUCCUGACGGCCAAUGUGUGCUUCAUUGUCGCCUCUAAUUUUAAUAAAGAGGCCCGGGACUCCAACUGGUGUGUGGCGAUGACAUUUUUCAGCCACUUUUUCUACCUCUCUCUGUUUUUCUGGAUGCUCUUCAAAGCCCUGCUCAUUAUUUAUGGAAUAUUGGUUGUUUUCCGUAGGAUGAUGAAAUCCCGCAUGAUAACCAUUGGCUUCACCAUUGGGUAUGGGUGCCCUCUGGUCAUUGCGGUCACCACAGUUGCUGUCACAGUGCCUGGGAAAGGCUACAUGAGACCUGAUGUUUGUUGGCUUAACUGGGAUAACACCAAAGCCCUUUUAGCAUUUGCUGUUCCAGCCUUGGUCAUUGUGGCUGUGAAUCUUGUUGUGGUUUUGGUUGUUGCUCUCAACACUCAGAGGCCCUCAAUUGGUAGUUCCAAGUCUCAGGACAUGACCAUAAUUAUGAGGAUCAGCAAAAACGUUGUCAUCCUCACCCCAUUACUGGGACUGACAUGGGGUUUUGGAAUAGCCACUCUCAUGGAAGGCACGCCCUUGAUCUUCCAUAUAAUCUUUUCUGUGCUCAACGCCUUUCAGGGGUUCUUCAUUCUGCUGUUUGGAACGAUUAUGGACCACAAGAUAAGAGAUGCUUUGAAAAUGAGAAUGUCUUCACUGAAGGGGAAGUCAAGGAUCGCAGAGAAUGCAUCAUUAAGCCCGACAAAUGCCUCUAAAUUAAUGAAUCGCUGA